AGUUGUGAAAAAAGCCCAAUUUGAUUAAGGACAGUGCAUAAGAAAAAUUAUUGCAUAAAAACGCCAGUCCAGUUGGCUGGUUUUUAAAAUUCGGUUGUGGGAGUUGCUUGCAACCUUAAAUUUCAGAGGUAAGCACUGAAAGCAAUAAGUGGUGGCAAAAUAACGAAGACGACGUGUGGAAUUAUCCAGCGUAUUGGCGGCAACAGAAUACGGCGGAUACAACGAAUACAAAAUGCAUCAGCAGCACAUAGACCUGCAUUCGCCCGUAGACCUUAAUAAGUCUCUGGACGAGAUGACUCCGGAGGAGCGAAUGCGAGCGGAGCACCAAAUGAUGGUGGAGAAGCACCUCGGCCAUGACGCCAUGCACUCUGAAAUGGUGAUCAUCCUGUUUGUUACCCUGGUCAUUGCUCAGAUAAUCCUGGUCGAGUGGAAGAAGCGCCACUACAGCUCGUACGCCUUCGUCACCCUUCUGGCUAUGUGGCUCAUCCCGCUGAUCAUCUCGUGCAGCUUUGGCUGGCUGCGCUUCAUCAUUAUCUGGCUGGUUUUUACUAGCAUUACGGCGCUAGUGAUGCGUCGAGCCAUAAGCAAGCCCAUCCAGGGCACUACUCCCAGACUGGUCUACAAGUGGUUUUACUUCAUCUACAAACUGAGCUAUGGCCUCGGCCUGCUUGGCUACUUGGUGAUCAUGGCCGCCUUCCUCGGCAUGAACUACCUAUUUUCGCAGCCCCCCAACACCUGGAUGGACGUGGGUCUGAUGUUUUGUUUCUACGGCCUGUAUAUCGGAGUGCUGGGUCGGGAUAUAUCCGAGAUCUGCUCGGAUAAGAUGGCGGCGGCUAUAGGCUACUACACACCUCAGGGUAUUCCCACUCGGCAUCUGGACAACAACGUCUGCGCUGUUUGUGGUAAUCAGCUACUGGUCUCCGAGAAGGAAGAGGGCGUCAUCGAGAACACGUACAAGCUGUCCUGUAAUCAUGUGUUCCACGAGUUCUGCAUACGUGGGUGGUGCAUUGUGGGCAAGAAGCAGACGUGUCCCUACUGCAAGGAGAAAGUCGACUUACAAAAGAUGUUCCGAAAUCCCUGGGAGAAGCCGCAUGUGCUUUACGGACGCUUACUGGACUGGAUCCGCUGGCUGGUUGCAUGGCAGCCACUAAUUUUUUUCAUAGUACAAGGCAUUAACUGGAUGCUAGGACUGGAAUAGUUCUUGCGCCCGGCACUGGCUUUCCACGGCGUCUAGUCAAGCACACACUUUGGAUUAAGUCCUGCACAUUUAUCCACACAGAAGAGAAGACGAAAUCCAAACCGACAGACUUAUCGGAGGGCGGCGGCAUCCGCACUACAGCAAUUUCGCAAUUUAUUCCCUGCUCUCCUUAAAGAGUGCAGAACAGACAGACGAUGCCGAUGUCAAUGUCAGAUGACCGAGCUGCUGAUGAAGCUACCAAUAUGCCGUUGUUAUCCAACCUGCUUCUUAGUUUCCUGUUCUGUGUGUGUUUUGCUUUGGGCACCCAACUUUUCCAUUUUUCAGUCUUUCAUCGAAACCUAAAUGCAAUAUUGGAUAUAUGUGUGUAUUUAUAUCUACAUGUUAUGCAUAGCUAUGUAUUUAUGUACAUAUGUAUGUGUGCCUGUGUGUGUUUCUCCUAGGUAAUAUUACGAGUUUUAAUAUAUGAUUUUACCCAAUUGCACUGAAGCUGUCUAGGAAUAAACAUAUACCAAAAAUAAAUCUAUUGAUAAAGUA